UAGGCGUUCCAUUCGAGUGUAAUAAACAGCGGAGACGGAGCAGCACGCUGCACAGGAUCAUCACACACACUGACAUUUGCUGAAGAAGAACAACACUUUUUAUAACCACAAAUCUUCAUUUAAAAAAAGAAAGAAAUAAACGAAUAGUGUAAAGUAAAUGUAUUCUCCCUUCAGUCGGGGGCUUUAGGAAACUGCAAGGAAGUCACCAUGUGAUAAAAAAUAUUUUUUAAACGGACAAAAAGGUUGGAUUACAAGAAAACAAGCGAAAGUUAAAAGGGCGUGAGCGGAAUGUCCGUGGAUGAGAAGCCUGAAGCCCCCAUGUACGUGUAUGAGUCGACGGUUCAUUGUACCAAUAUCCUCCUGUGCCUGAACGACCAGCGGAAGCAGGAUAUCCUGUGCGAUGUGACUGUCCUGGUGGAGGGCAAGGAGUUCCGCGGCCACAGGGCCGUGCUGGCCGCCUGCUCAGAGUACUUCUCGCAGGCUCUGGUUCGACAGGCCGAGAAUGGCUUGUUCCUCAGCCUACCUGGAGAGGUCACUGCCAGGGGAUUCGCCCCAUUGUUGCAGUUUGCCUACACUGCUAAGCUGUUACUCAGCAGAGAAAACAUCCAGGAGGUCAUCCGCUGUGCCGAAUUCCUGCGCAUGCACAACCUGGAGGACUCGUGCUUUCGCUUCCUGGAGGCCCAGCUCCGCAGCGAGGAGGAUGGCCUGCUGCUGUGCCGCAAGGUGGCGCCGGCUGAGGGGAACCACGAGCCUGAGGACGAGAGCAUGCAGUCUGAGACGACAACAAAGGUUGCCUCCCCCCGGGCCCGGCGGCGCGCUGAAUGCUUGGCCUCCUUGCGGCAAGCACCAGACGCGGACCCGCUAGCCAUGGCGGUGCCCAGCGACUUCGCAGACGGACGGCUGGACUUCGACAGGCACGGAGCGUCGGACCUCCCUCGCUGCCCCAAAUACAGGAAGUACCAGUGGGCCUGCAACAAGCACAAUAACGACACCUCCUCACACACCAGUACCUCAGGUUUUCCAAGCACAUUAUUAUUUAAGGAGACCAGCGGUGGCAUCAGCGACGGGGCGGUCCGGGACCAGAGUAGGCCGCCGGUGGCUCAAAUCAAAGUGGAGCCUCGGGCAGAGGAAGAGGCCAUCUCGCUGUGCUUGUCAGGGGACGAGCAGGAUGGCCAUGACAAGGACGACGUGACAGCCAUGGAAUUGGACAGUGUCCCAGUGGUAUCCCCCUCUUCCGUCAAGAGGAGCAAGUCCCCCACCUGCCUCCGCGCCUUCUUCAAGAAAGGAACGGACCUGCCAGGUCUGCCCAACGUGUCACAACAGCUAUUCGCCAACAGACUCGCCAGCGUCUGCCCCGAAGACAAAGAAACCACUCAGGGAGAUUUCAGGCCUUUCACUGCAGUGGAGCUGGGCCUGUCUGUUACAUCCCCAAAGGUAGUGGACGGCUUCCCUCCGAUGCUGUCGUCGCUGAAGUCCGCCUCCUGCGACGGCGUUUGCAAACAGGAAGUGGAGCUGGACCGCCGCAGUGUCAUCUUUUCCUCCUCAGGGGCCUGCGACCGUCUGGGCACCCCGGCGCAUUCCUACCCCGGUGGGAACUCUUUGGAGAUGGAGCUCUCAGAGCACACGCCAAAGAGUCUGUGGGCUGGUGCCAGCCAGUCCCUCCCCACCUCACAGACCUACUCUCCCAGCAGCGCCCCCACCCUCGCUUCCACCACCACAGAGCCCCCGCCGCUCCUCUGCCACCCGCGGCCCAACACCAGCUGCCCAGUACCAAUCAAGGUGUGCACGCGCUCGCCGCCCUCCGAGACCCGCACGCGGACCUCCAGCUCCUGCUCCUCCUACUCCUACGCGGAGGACGGGAGCGGCGGCUCACCCUGCAGCCUGCCCCAGUUUGAGUUCUCCUCCUCGCCGUGCUCCAACGUGGCGCUCCGCCUCGCCACCGACCAGCAGGACCAGGUCGUGAUAGGGGGAGAUGCCCUCUUCAACCAGGUGCGCCCCAAGAUCAAGUGCGAGCAGUCGUACGGCACCAACUCCAGCGACGAGUCGGGAUCCUUCUCCGAGGGUGACAGCGAGUCGUGCCGAGUCGAGCAGGGACCAGAGGUGAAGCUUCCUUUCCCUGUCGAUCAGAUCACAAAUCUUCCGCGGAACGACUUCCAAAUGAUGGUCAAAAUGCACAAACUGACCUCAGAGCAGCUGGAGUUCAUCCAUGACGUCCGGAGGCGCAGUAAGAACCGCAUCGCAGCGCAGCGCUGUCGCAAGAGGAAGCUUGACUGUAUCAUGAACCUGGAGUGUGAGAUCAGAAAAUUGGUGAACGAGAAGGACAAGCUGCUGACAGAGAGGAACCAGCUGAAGGAGUGUAUGGGUGAGCUGUGGGAGAACUUCUCCUGUCUGUCCCAAGAAGUGUGCAGGGACGUGCAGCUGAGCCCCGAGCAGGUCCAGUCCCUGAACCACUACUGCCCGGUCCUGAAGCCCGGCACCAACACCAUCGACAUUGCCGGCAAUGCUGCCUCCAACAGCAUUGACCUCACCACCCACUCCGGCUCAGCCACCCCGGAGCCCAGCUUCCUCAAGUCCCCCGGGCCCUCAGAGAGCGAGCCUGACUCGGUCAUGGGGAAUGGGGCUGACGGGGGGGCGGGCAGCAACGAGGCGGAAGGCCAGGAGCCGAGGUUAUACAUGGAGGCGGGGCUCUCGUUCAAUGAACAGUCCAAUCAGACAGUGACGGUAGACUUCUGCCAGGAAAUGACUGAUAAAUGUACAACUGAUGAACAGCCGAGAAAGGACUGUACUUAGUAAACGGUGGUUUUAAUAUCUGUGUUUUUAUUAUUUAAUUUUUAGUUUUGAUUUUCUUCUGACAAACCCCUUUCUCGGGGUUGUUGAGAUGGUCAGCCUUGGCCAGUGUUCUUUGAAAAUAUUUUUUGUUUGUAUGUCUUUUUAAAGGUUGACACUACAGUUGUCUUAAGAGCAGCAAUACUGUUCUCCAGGUAUUCUCCUCUCUGUAACCAUGACAGAGUGGGAACUUCUCACACAAAACUCCUCUUACAAUGGUGCUACACCGUGACCGGGCAGGCAGCGAUCUCCACAGUGUUCUUUAUCCAUGUAUUACAGUCUACUCACAGGGAUGGGCAAAGUUCACAUCUUCAAUUCAAACCUCAAUGGACCUAACAGCAGCUCCCUCUGUCUCUCGAUCAACCUACAGUUUCUAUCUCCCUGUCUCUCCUCUCUCUAUUUCUCUCGCUCUCCCUUUCUCUCUCUCUGUCUCUCUCUCUCCCAAUCGCUCUUCUACUCUGUCUAUUCCCUAUCAAUCUAUUUCUACCUCUUAAAACACUUUCGCUCUCUGUAUAUUCUCUCUCUCUCUCACGCUUAUUCUCUCACUCUCUCGGUGGCCCUUGUCACAGCAAUUCAAACUCAGGAAGAAAUCUUCUGAAUGUUCGAUAUGAUUGAUGAAAAUAAGAAUACAGCUUCUGUACAUGAGAGAUUUAUGAAGCAGUUAGACUGUAAAUGUUCAUAUGCAAAAAAAAAUCUCUUCUGCUUCACUCAUUUUGCAUUUUCUGUACAGCAAAGCAAUGUGUACAGACAGUACCUAAACAUUCCUCCUUUGCCUUCCGCAGCACUGAAACGAAAGAGAAAAAACUUAACGAUUUGACAGGUGGUUAAAUAGCUAUGUUCCCACCAGGGUUGGGGUCAAUUCCAUUUCAAUUCCAGUCAAUUCAGGAAGUACACUGAAUUCCAACUCUGUUGAAAGCUUUUCAAUGAGGAAAAUGUGAAAUUGGAAUUGCAAUUUAGUUUGCUUUCUGAAUGAACUGGAAUUGAAAAGGAAUUCAUCCUGGUUCCCACACAUCAGCAAUACCAUUGUAUUUGGAUGUUGUAAUGGUAACUUUCAAGUGCUUGCUCGGGCAGAACGUAUAAUGUAUAUAGUAUGGAGCAUGGUGACUGUCACAGUAAUAUUAUACAAGUAGAGGCUUAGACGUUUCUUUUCACUGGGGUUUUUGCUAAGGGGAAAUAUUUGCUUUGCUGUUUCCUGCCUAAAGGAAAAUUCCCCAUAAGGGUGGGUGUUCUUAAACUCAGGAAAUCAGCUUGACACGCACACAUAACACGCACACACACACACACGUACAUUCAUUUCAGAGCCCCUUGCAUGAAAAUUGGAUGUUGCUGGCACGGACCGUGUAAGUAUGUUAUUAACCAGUGGCUCAAGCCACAUCCAUUCAAAAUUUGACACCACUUUAAAUGUGAAAACGAGUUUCAGCUUGUUGUGUUUUUGAGGAAACUUUAUUUCUCCUUAUCAGUGUUUGAAGAUGCUAUAUGUACGAUGGGGAAAACUCUCACAGGCACCUUUUGGAUUUCUUCGGUGUUAUGUUUCAAUGUUGCCAAGGAAUGUGUGAGUAGACAUCUUCUCAAGCUGAGGGAUAGCUAUUCUGUCUGCAACAACAACAAAAACAGACACCAAGUAUUUCUAUUUACCAAGGAUACUUUCCCCUAAUGAAUCUGGGCUAAAUUCAGGCUCUUUCCUUCCAGCACCGGAUGCUCAGUUAUAACUAGUUCUAAUAGCACUUCAUAGAGGGCUUAUGUCUGGUUCAGAAUCCUGAAAAGUCUAAUACCGAAACACUUGAAUUGGCACUUAAAUGAAAACAUCUUAUUGAAUGUUAAUAUUGAUAUAAAUAUCUCUAUGAAGACAUUACAUUUUUUUUUAACUACAGUAAACAGGGUUAUUAACAAAAAAAAGGAAGCUAACAUAAUAUUGAAGAGUGUGAGAUUGAAGAUCUUAUAUUUGUAAUUCUUUAAGAAUUGAAUAAGCUAAUUGAGACUUCAGUUCACGUGAAAGCACUGUGUGUGUCAUCAUCAAACUGAUUGAGUAACAAUCACGUGAUAUAGUAACAUUUUUGCCCUGGUUGUACAUUUGUUGAAAACAUCAUAUUCUGUGAUGUGAAUGCAUGCCCCUGUAUAUUUUACUUAGUUAGUUUGUCUAGCUUACGUUUGCUUCUAACGAUAGUCCUCAGCUAAAUGAUUUACUCUUGUCUUUUGUUGAUGAACCGUAUUUACAUUUAUAAUGUAAAUAUACAGAAAUACGUUUCUUAUCUGUUCAACAGUCAGAGAGGUGCUUGAAAAUACAGAAUAUAAGAAAAUAGAGCCAUAACCUAUGAAGAGGGGUGAAUUCAAUUGGAAUAUAAAGCUUUGCUCAUAACUUGAACUUCAUUCAGGACGAAAAGCUAUACAGUUUGUCAGGAAAGAGCGACAAUACAACUGUAUAUAUUGAGGAGUCUGCAAAUUCCCCUUGGCGUUACUCUGCUGCCCCCUGUUGGACACAGUUAUGUAGUUCUCCAACCAGUCCUGACUGAGAACAAACCGUGUGGUAUUAGAGUGCUCUGUGUUUUGCGGUGUGGUUGCAAGUCUGAUUAUUUGACCAUACACAUAGGUUUCCCUAAGGUUGUAGCUAGACUCAUAUACAGUCUCACACAGAGAACCACAAGCAUACGCACAAAUAUGAAUACAUACACACACACACACACCAUGCAUGUCGUAACGGCAUCCUUGCUCGAAGGCUUCAGUCUAGAGCAGUUGUGAUUGCCUGUUGAAAUUGUUGUUUGCGAGGUUCUUUUUCCACUUUGCUCUGAGUCAUAAGCCGUCACUGAAGUGGAACGGUAUUCAUCCUCAUUAUCAGAUACAAAACAGAAAACUAAAGAUGGGUGGAUUCAAGUGGACAUUUGUGCAAACCAUAUGCAAUUCCGACUUUUUCGUACUUGUUUUUUUGAAGUAAAAGUGAAAAGCAUGACGUUCCACCAGAAAAGCACACUCAUUAGGCUACACUUUGACAAAUGUCAUAUUUUGGGAAAAUGUAUUGAAAUGCAUCAGGUUUAUAUUGUCCUCCAUCAAAGCUAUACCAAUAGAUAUCCUUCUAUCUGUUUGUAGAUGUCCUUAUAAUGCUAUUAUGAUUACUGUUGAUGUUCUUUGGAUAGCAAUGAGUGCAUAGCAUAUUUCUGGUGUGUAGGCUACUGUGCGUAACAUUUCUAAUUCCUCAUCGUUGUUUUUUGCUCUACCAAGAGAGCCCCCUGGAUUCAUGUAAAGGCUGGUUGGGUGGAUGCAGAUACAUGAAGAGUUUUUAAAGCAGCACCAUCCCUCCAGUCAUUUGACAGUCCAGUCCAUACCUCUUAGCCCUCUAGCCUUGAGAGAGCUGCUCCAUGCCUGAUAUGCCAUGUGUGGUGUUACUAUGGUGGCCAGUGGUUGAAAGUAGAGCAAGGCCACCUCAACGGUCAACCCCCUACCCCCCAAGCAUUCCAGGUGAAAUAAGCUUGUUGUGUCAUCAUCUCAAUCGUCUGGUUUAACUUUAACCAGGAUCAGUCAUUGCUCUUGUAUAUCGUCUCAGGGUGCCAAGUGUUUUAUUUCUCAAUUUCUGAAUUUGGAGCAGACGUUUGUAACUUUUAGCUGGUUUUUAUGUUUGCUUUGAUGUUUUUUGGCUUUGCUUUGGGUGUGUGAAAGUAUAGCUUUAAACUCUGGUUUUAUAUUCCCGAAGCUUAUUUCUACCAAUGCAAAUACUGUGUAAUGAGCUUGGCCCGAUACAGAUCAACCCCAUCAAGAGGCUGCAGAGAGUACACAAUACAUUGGAGUACAAAUAUGAAUUAUGUUUUGGUAAUACAUUUCAUUAUUAGUUGGAUUUCUCUCAAGUUCUUUACCUCUGCAGUUUUUUUAACAAGCCAAACACACAACAACAACAACAAAAAAUCCAUGUCAUUUGAUUUGUUAACUGGCUUUGGUUAUUAGUUGGUGGAUAUUUUCUUGUUUAGUUGAACUUUUGUUUGUUUUAGUUUUUCUGUGCUGCUUCUCUGGAGAAAAAAAAAACACUGUCUCUCCAACUCCAAAGGUUGUUGUUUUGAAAAGACGAACAAAACUUGCCUUUUUCACAAAUUGCUCAACUUUAUAAUACAGUAUACUGGUAUCCUGAUUACAUGCACAGGCUGAGACCAUUUUAGGAGUAAAAGAAAAGUUAAAUAUGUUUACAAAAAGGUUGUGUUUAUUCAAUUUGCCAUGUAUAUAGAAAUUGGUAGGUUAAAAUUGGACUGAUGGUUAGUGUUUUUACAUUUUGUAAACAGAAAACUGUGUUUUCCUCAACUUGUCUUUUCAUUCAACUGGGGAUGUUUCAGAGUUACAUGGAUACAAGUGCACCUCCGAUUUUUUGCCUUAGAACUUGCAGAGGUCAUAGUUCACAUUCAAGUGAAGUGAGUGUAUGCAGGGGCCUACGCCCCCCCCCCCCCCCCAUUUCUGAGCAACCACCAGUGCGGACGUUCUCACACUUAUCUACCUGUGAAAUCCUUCAUACCUCUCAUAAUUGGUCAAUGACUGUAUCAGCAAACUGCAUCAGGUGGGUUUUUUUUACAUGCUUUUUACACAGAUUAUAUGGAUUAUUGUAUUAGUAGAUUUUGGUGCAUCAUUUUUUUUUAAAUGUAAUAACUCUUAAGCUUGUAGUCACAAAGUUGUUUUUCUCUCCUGUUUUUCUAGAAGACUGUUUUGUGUUAAUAUUGUCAAUUUGAAAUAACUGUUAAUUGCUUAUUCUCUACUUACCUUGUUCAUUUUUAAAUGCUACACAACCCUAAUGAAUUCAAAUGACUCAACAACCAUUGUAAAUACAGUGUUGCGUAAACCCGCUUUUCAUUCAUUUCAAUUGCUAGUGAUAUAUGAAUGACAUUUUUGUCUAGACACCAUUUCUGUUUAUGAAAUAAAGAAUCAUAUCAUGUA